AUGGACCCUUUGACAGAUGCGUACGUCCUGAUUAUAGUUGGAAAUAUGCAUCGAAGUUUGAGUGUCGAAACGAAGACGAAUGAACUGAGGCAUUUUGGUGGUUUUGUACGGUCGAUGUCGAAGCGUUUAAUUGCUGCAAAACUGAAAUUGGAGAAAGAAUUAAUGUCGGAACUGAGCACGAUUGAUCAUCCCGAUCAAGUCACCAAUCAGCUAACAGCAAUUGCAAUACUCACCAAGUGCUCCAUCGAACAGCUUCUUGACAUUUUUCUACGGCAGAAAAUGACAGUCAAACGAGAUCUUUCCGUUGGUUCACAGUCGUUAAUCGAUAUUGUUUGGCGUAUUCGGCAUACAUUUGAAUGCGUACAACGUCUAUUCGUGAAUGGUCAAUUGACGAAUACAUUGCGUAUUUUCAGAAAUCGAAAUUGGAUUCCAAAAAUGUUGAUGGAUUACUUGAACAACGAAGCGUUAUCAUUCUCGAAGUGUUUGUUGCCUGAAAUUGAAUCAGCCAACGAGCAGUGUGCAUCUUUACAAGUUGAAACUGUCGACAGUCAAGUGCUAUUGACCAAAUGUAACAGCUUCCUUGAAAGUGUUUGCAACGAAUCGCAGUGGAUGGUGGAACAAAAGUGUGAGCUAUUCGAGGAUUCGAAAGCUCUAAUUCAGUUCUUAAAUGUUGUGCUGGAAGCCUUCCACGAGGUGUGCUGUUAG